UGCACGUGUUUGUAUAAUGAAUUCUGAUCAAUUUCUGAAUAUAUGUGGAGGAUCGUUCUUCCCGGAAGAGUACCGGGGCGACCUGGAUGCUGCCUGGCAGGAACUGCAGCGAUGUCGUCCCAAGUAUUUCGCGACCAAACCCCAGGAUAAGGCAGAGUACCUGCGUCGUUCCGCGCUUUAUUCCAUCAUCGCCGGGAACUUAGCAGAAGCAUAUCGAGCGCUGGAAAAAUUGCAUGCUUUUCUCGACACUCUGCCGGCAGAAUGGGGCUUGCGAUAUACCAUCUACAUGCUGUUGGCGGAUUACACGCGCCAAUACCCGCCAGCCCUCCGAUUCUACCACGAGCGAGGAAAACCGGUGAACAUCGCCAUGCUCAGUGACGUCUCCGGUCCUAAAGGAGUGAGCGCUAGGUUCAUGGACAGAGUUCGGAUGUAUUUCGAAACCGGCUCGAUUCGCGAUAAGGCCUUAUGUCGGAUUCUGUGCGCGGUCAUGUGGUUCCCCAUGCUGGCGAGAAAGCUGAAUGCUGAGCUUGACCCUCUAUUUCCCGGCGGCUUGCUCCAUAAUACAAGCGCAGAUCCGAAUGCUAUAAUUGUGCAACAUGCUGCCAGCUUAAUUAAAUGCCGUGAAAGCGCUGAACAGGCCGGCGAGAUGCGGAUCGCCGCUUACCUCGAUCGGUUGCUUGUGGAAUUGCGCAUCGCGUCUCAAUCAUCAGACCGGAUGACUUCGCUGAACGGCUUAUAUAAAAUAUAUCACCGUCAAAAAGACUUUGCGGGAAUGGCCAAUUGCCAAAUGAUGAAAGGAGAUGAUCUCCUAGGUCCAUCGUUCACCAGCCCCGUGGCAUUGAGCUUGGUCCUUGUUGACGCCAGCUCGGCCAUCGGAGAGGAUACUCUAUGGGAUCCUGUUGAACUUGAGCUGAAGGACCAGUAUACCAUUCAAGUCAAGCAAUGCUAUGACACCGCUUUAGACUUGUUCCGGAAAGCCAACUGUAGGAGAGGUCAAGCAGCGGUUCUGUUACGGCAGGCGUGUUGCCUUCAUGUCGCGGUGCGGCGACUUAAACCGACUGAUUCGGGUAGAUCUACCCUCAUACACGAUGUCGGCGCAAAAUUAGAACAGUCAAAACAGCUCUUCGGGAAAGAUGAAGUCAACUCCCAGAUUGUAACGGCCCACCAUAUCCUGCUCGAUAUUACCCGCGGAGAUAACCGCAGUGUCAAAAGGACCGCAAGGGGCAUCGGAACAUGGGCAGCACAAGCAAAGAACCAGUCUGUGGGUCACUGUCUUGGUCUUCUCAUAUUCCGUUUCGCUCGCCAGGAAUGGUGCACGUUCGCCCGAAUGGACAAUGCCCUCGUGGCAUGGGAAUGUGCCUAUGAAAUCUUUAAGAGUAUUGACGAUGUCCUACCUAUGUUUCAGUCGGUCGUCUCUCGCGCCUGGGUACAAGGCGAAAUGUUCAACCUGGCCGCUCUCAAAAUCUUGGUGGACAAGGCCGUAGGCAUGGUUGAUAGAGUUCGUCAAUAUUACGACACCGUGGCCAAGAGUAUCCCGGACACCAAGGUGGACGAGGCAGAUCGACUCAUCGUUCAGACCAACAAAUUCAAUACCCUUUCAAGUUUUGGGUCAAAGGCAAGCACGAUGUACUUGCGCCUGGAAGAUCCGAAGCUGGGGCGCGAGUGGCAGUCGAAGUUUGCAGGGAUAAUGGAAAAUGAUGAAAGCUUUCGAGAAAUGAGAGAGCGAAUGGAAAAACGUUUGGAUUUCCAGAGCGUCUCCCCUGCGUUAUCCUGCUCUAAAACGAGGCUGAAAGGUUUGUGGCAAAGAAAGGUUGUAGAAGAAGCUAUGGCUGUCAAGUUUCGUGACGCCAAGUUCGCGUUCCAGGAAUGGCUCGACAGAGGCGACAUCGGAAGGGCCGAGGCAGUAUACCGUCGCUUCAUGGAUGAGACAAAGAACAUGGACUCGUCUUAUGCCCGAGAUGCUUAUCGGCUCCUAUUCUGCGGGAGCGUUGGAGAUCAGACAUCGGCAAGGACGAUCCUUGACAGCAUGGACGAUAAUGCACUCUUUCAAGGUAAUCUGAAAGAUUAUCAGCAGGGUAUCGGAGUCACAUCUACCUUUGCCGGGGUGGCAGACAACGCGCUUAUGUUCUGUCUGCUGUCCCGGGACGAGGCGAGGGCCAACCGCGUUGUUCAAAUCGUCCAGAAAAUCACACCAGCCUUCUAUGACACCAUGGAUGAUAAUGUCAUUGACCUUCCCUUUCGUCAGAGCUACUAUGGAGCGACCAUGCUGUGUAAUGGUCACUCGCAGGUCGCUCUCCGCCGUUUGCUCGAAGCCCGCCAACUGAUUGAACUUCGGCGCCAACAGACUACGGAUGUCGACGCUCGAGUUGGGACAUUCAGCCCGGGAUGGAUCGUGGAGGUAUACCUCAACCUUGCGCGAGCUUGUCUCAAGUGCGCCGAUGCAAGGGCUCCUUUCCAAAUGCUUCAAAAGCUUGAUCACGGCCAUCCGGACGACUUGUCCUGGGCGGAACAUGCCCUGCUGUUCGUAGAAGAAAGCAGAGCCCGUGCCGUGCUUGAAGCGCUAACGACGCAGUUUGCCCAUGGCCGAGAUGAACAUAAUUUGUCGGCUCCGCUGUUAGGACUGAUGCAUAAACGCAGGCUACUGAGGACGCUACUCGCUUUGAGGCACCGAACACCUAAGCAAGAACAGGAGAUCGGCGAGCUUCGCAUUCAGAUUAGCCACAUGGAAGCUAGUGAAGUUUGUGCAACAGCCAGCUCUUUCAUUGAUAUGGCGAAUUCAAUUGUAGCACCGAAAUUGCUGUACCAAAGUAUCAACCAAGACGCAGUGGUGAUAGAAGCAACAUUCGGCUACCAGGGCUUGAUUGCCUUUGCCGUGACCAGCGAUGGAAUUCAGAACAUAUACCAAGACCGCACUCGCACCGUCGACAUCCGGAGGCCUGUUAUGCAGAUGAUGAAGGUCCUAACGGAAAUGACUGGAUAUUUGGGGGAUAAAGAGGAGCAAAGCAAGAAGAUGUUCAAUGAAUAUGCCCAGCAAAUCUCCAGACAUCUGGUGGAACCGUUCAAGAAAACAAUCAGGCAAAAGAAGCAUGUCAUCUUCUCUACCUCUGAUCCGUUGACCGCGUUCCCCUUCUCAGCACUUCUCUUGGAGGGUCAGCCUCUCAUGGCACGCUUCGCAGUGUCACAGAUCCCUAGUCUUGCAGUCUUGCAUCAUGUUUCUCAACGCCAGUCUCGAUCGGCUGCUCCAACCGUGUCGGUUUUUGCCCCGUCUCCCUCCGCGUUCAGUAACACGAGCGACAAGCAAGAGGCUAACCUGCACUUGGCGGGAGUUGAAGCGGUGAACAUUGCGAAAACUUUCUCAACCUGGCCAGUUGAUGCAAGGAAUGUGACAAGAGCCGAAUUCAGCCAGUAUGUCGAGGGCAGUUCCUCCAUCCUCCACAUUGGCACUCAUGGCGACGUUGACUAUCGCAACCCUCUUCUCUCGUCUAUCUCAAUUGGAGAAGACUUUCGCGUCAUUGACAUGUCCACAGUAAAAUGCAACGUCAAACUUCUCGUCUUCGCGGCCUGCCUAAGCGGUCUAGGUCGAGCGACCACUGGCAGCGAGGUACUGGGAUUCUCCCACGUCAUCCUUAGUAGCGGUUGCCAGGCGUAUGUCGGGACCCUCUGUAACGUCAGCGAUUUUGCCUCGAUGCUUCUCAUGACAUUGUUCUAUCGAACGUUAAAAAAAGCACCUUGGAUGCCGCUUGCAUAUAUCCUUCGACAGGCACAGAUAGAAAUAGGCCAGUUUGACAGCGAGCAUGCAGCCCGUUACCUCGAUCAAUUGAUACAGACCUCACCCUCAGGCGACGGUGACUCUCGCGGCCCAAAGGACUUUGUGCCAGCUGCGGACUAUAUGGUCUCAAUGAAAAAGAUGAUCUUGAAACAGCUGGAUUGGUCUAGUCCAUUCUUUUGGGCGCCCUUUGUGCUUAUGGGAUAUGGCAGCUUGCGAUUUGCGACGCAAUAAGCUUGAUAAUGGGCGACGAUUAUCGUGUCCUUGAUCUUUGAAGAUUUAAUGUCGACCGAAUCUAGGACUCUCUAGGACAGUACAUGCCGAAAUACGUGCAACACACGCAUGGUGUUCCUCCAUGUAUUGGACACGAAGCAACCAAAUUCUGAUGGUUCUUGUUUUCCUGGCGCUGUCGGGCCUAAGGUUCACGAUGAUCUGAACCCAUGGCCUUACAACGUGCACUAUUUAUCACUCUUAUGCCUCGACUAUGACUACGAUACUAUUUAUUAGCAGUAGAUAGACCUUAUACAUAUUGCGCGGCUUUCAGAUUUUACUUUGUCUUCAGGUCGUCAUGAGAUUAAUUACGUGAAGGCAGUCUCAAGGAUGUGAGAACCAGUCUUUGAAGAGAUGAAACAUUUGCCUGAACG